AUGGCUUUAUUUUUAAAGUUUUUAUUCACAUCAUGGGUAUGGUUGUGUUACAAGGAAGUUUAUUCAGCGCCGAGAAUUGCACGACUUAGUUUGGCAGAGCCGUUCUCUAGAUAUUAUUUUAAUCGUGUACAAGGAUAUCCAGGCGCUUACACAUUCGGUUAUGAUAUCUCUGAUCCCGGGACUGGAAAUAUGCAGUAUCGUAAUGAGGAACGUUAUCCUAACGGAACUGUUGUGGGCAGCUACGGAUACCUCGAUCCCUUUGGCAGCACACGGCGCUAUCAAUAUGUAGCCGAUGAAAAAGGGUAUAGGGUCAUAAAUGACGGCUUGGAGCCAUUUGAUAAAAUUCAAAAAAUCAAUGUUCAAAAGGCUAUUAUAAAGUGUUAUCCUGCUGAUAUGCGUAAUAUGCCUAAACCAAUUGAUUUAAAUGACGAAAAAUGCUAUCCUAACGGUACUGUGGUUGGAAAAUAUAAUUAUGUCGAUAAAGAGGGAAAUCCAGUGCAUGUAAAGUAUUACGCGGAUGACACAAGUUAUGGUGUUGAAUUGAAGAGUAUGAAAGUCUUGAAUGCAAAUAUCGAACAGAAUUCAGUUCAUUCCGAGAAACAAGCAAAUAUUGAUAACGUAUUUCAAACGUUGGAUUCUUCUAGUAAUUCAUUACCAGAUAUUUACAACAGCGUGAGCUAUCCUACUACUACAAACAAAUAUAAAUAUCCUAACCUUCAGUUUGGUGAUUUAAAUAAAGACAAUCAUAACAAGGAAAAUCAUAAAACCUCUCCUGAUUAUGAGAUCUAUUUGCAAAAUGAACUGCAAGCACCAAAAGGAAAGUGUGCGAAAGAUAAAGUACGCAUUUACAUUGAUAAAGGUAAACGUAAAAUCCGUGAAGUUUUAAAUGAUAUCGCUACAUUUAAAUAUUCAGAACAAUUUUGA